GCGUCAGAAAGAAGCGGGUCCCAGAUGGGCACCCAUCACAAGGGCGGAGCCACGGCAGAGCGCGCCCGUCUAGGGAAAAGCCAGGGGGCUUUGUGGGGUGGGAACGGCCACAGACAACACUCCGGUCGUCCAGGAGGAAAGAAAAGCACAGCGAAUGUGAUCUGUGAUUCUGGAUGCUACAACAGGACUCCAGUCGCUCGGAUUUUCUUUUUCAUCUCAGUCAUCUGAACACACUGCUGUUUUCUCAAGAGCGGAGCCGGAAGAGAGGAAGUAUGGCGGUGGGACUACUUAAGGCCAGGGACCAGGAGUUGGUGACCUUCAGAGAUGUGGCUGUAGACUUUUCCCAAGAGGAGUGGGAUUGUCUAGAUUCUUCUCAAAGGCAUUUAUACAGUAAUGUGAUGCUGGAGAACUACAGUAUCUUGGUUUCACUGGGACUUUGCUUUUCUAAGCCAAGUGUGAUAUUAUUGUUGGAACAAGGAAAAGAGCCCUGGAUGGUGAAGAGAGAGCUGACAAAAGGCUCGUGCACAGGCUGGGAAUCUGUGUGUGAGGCUGAUGAAUUAACCCCAAAGCAGGACCUUUUUGAUGAACAAUACUUCAAGAAGAUAACAGAGAAAAUUACAAGCUUUGGCUUUCAGUACUACAGUUUGAGAGAAGAAUUGAAACAUGAAGACCAUUUUGAGAGGCAAUCAGGAAAUCCGAAGGUACGUUUAAAGCAAGAGAUAAUCACUUACGGAGAAGGUCUUGUUGAUCAAAGACAGCAGGAGUAUAAAACAUCUUGGGAAAGUUUCCAUCAAAAGACAAUGCUUCAUACACACCAGAUAAGCCCCAAAGAGGAAAAAGUACAUAAAUAUAACAUACAUAGGAAAAACUUUAAAAAAAAUGUAGCGACCAUUAAGCUCAAGCCUGUUUAUGCUGAGAAGAAACUUUUGAAGUGUAAUGACUGUGAAAAAGUCUUCAGCCAGAGCUCAUCCCUCACUCUUCAUCAAAGAAUUCAUACUGGAGAAAAACCGUAUAAAUGUUUAGAAUGUGGAAAAGCCUUCAGUCAGAGAUCGAAUCUUGUUCAGCAUCACAGGAUUCAUACUGGAGAGAAACCCUAUGAAUGUAAGGAAUGUAGGAAAGCCUUCAGUCAGAAUGCACACCUGGUUCAACACCUGAGAGUUCAUACUGGAGAAAAACCGUAUGAGUGUAAGGUAUGUAGGAAAGCCUUUAGCCAGUUUGCCUACCUAGCUCAGCAUCAGAGAGUUCACACCGGAGAGAAACCCUAUGAAUGUAUUGAAUGUGGGAAAGCAUUUAGCAAUAGAUCAUCCAUUGCUCAACACCAGAGAGUUCAUACUGGCGAGAAACCUUAUGAAUGUAAUGUCUGUGGGAAAGCAUUUAGCCUUCGUGCAUAUCUUACUGUCCAUCAGAGAAUUCAUACUGGAGAGAGACCCUAUGAAUGUAAGGAGUGUGGUAAAACCUUUAGCCAGAAUUCACACCUCGCUCAACAUCAAAGAAUUCAUACUGGAGAAAAACCUUACAAAUGUCAGGAAUGUACGAAAGCAUUCAGCCAGAUUGCCUAUCUUGCUCAACAUCAAAGAGUUCAUACUGGCGAGAAACCUUAUGAAUGUAUAAAAUGUGGGAAGGCGUUUAGCAAUGACUCAUCCCUUACUCAACAUCAGAGAGUUCAUACCGGAGAGAAACCUUAUGAAUGCAAUGUUUGUGGAAAGGCUUUCAGUUACUGUGGAUCUCUUGCCCAACAUCAGAGAAUUCAUACUGGAGAGAGACCUUAUGAAUGUAAAGAGUGCAAGAAGACCUUCAGACAGCAUGCACAUCUAGCCCAUCAUCAGAGAAUUCACACUGGUGAGUCACAUUCACUCUCAUCACCCAAUCCAGUGAAUCACCAAGUUCUGUAGAUCUAGUCCCUAAGUAUUUUUUUUGGAAUUUAUACUCUUCUCUUUAAUGUUGUCAACCUGGUCUAAGACUCUCCCACCUGGGUCAUUUUUAUAGUUUCUUAGAAGAUCACCAUGUUCAUUUUUGCUAUCCUUAAAUCCAUUUCUUACAGCACACCCAGGCUGAUCUUGCAAAGGAUAAGAACAUGCACCUCACUCUUCCCAGUUAGAUUUUUUUUAUUGCUUCUCUUACACUAGUGUUACAACCUUUAAAAUUGUUUGUGAGGCUCUGUAUUAUAUGGAUUUUACAAAGCAUUCAGCCUUAUUUUGUUCCAGACUCAUUUUAUGCACUAAGACUUCCCAGGAUUAAGGGCAUAGAUCUGGGGCAUCGCUAUCACAAUAUGACAUUAUGUGACCUGUUUGACUUAUAAACCUCAGGGUUUUAAUUCUUAAAAUAGGAAUAAUAAAAGACAUACCACAGAAAUGUAUUAAGUUAAAAAGUGUCUGUUGUAAAUUGAUACAUAUUAAAUGAAAAGUUGCAUGUAAACUAUUUUAUGUAGUAUUUCAAAUAUAGCAGAUAUUCAAUCAAUAAUAACUAGGAUGCACUGAGUGCAUGCUGUGAGCCAGGCAAUGUUCGACAUAACCAGCGUUUGUUAACUCAUUUACUCCUCACAAGUAAAACAAGAUUCCUUUAUGAGUAAAAUACAGAAUCCCUGGGAAGCACCAGAAUUGGAAAAACCUAAAAAUUUCGGAAAUCUUUGCACUGUAGAUGAAUAAUUGAUAUAGAUCUAAGUUGUAGAACUAUAAGGCUUAGAA